AUGAACAGAGAAUAUUUAAAUAAUAACUUAUCAAAUUUUAUUUCAAAUGAUAAUGAACAAGAAUCAAAUAAAAGAAUUUGGUCUUUAUUUGAAGAAAAUAUUCUUUAUGAAGAUGAAAAUCAUAUUAAUAUAAAUAAGGAAAAACUAAGCUGGCGAUCAUUUAUUGGAUCAAUGUCUCAUAUUGAUAAUAUUUAUCGAAAAGAUAAUUUUAUGAAAAAUUUUAAACGAUUUAAAUUUCUAUUAAUAUUAAUAGAUUCAAUAUUUCGUGGUAUAAGUCAAGUCAUGUUUGCUAAUAAUCCUUUAUCAGGUGUAAUAAUAACAAUUGGAUUAUUUAUUGGAAAUUGGGAAUUAACACUAUAUGGAAUUCUUGGAACAACAUGUUCAACAUUAACAGCUCAUUUAUUUCAUUUUAAUUAUAAUUCAAUUCGAGCUGGUUUAUACGGUUAUAAUGGAUGUUUAACAGCUAUGGCUAUUGGUUAUUUUACAUUUGCUAAAUCUCCUCAAAUCAUUCCAUUUGUUAUAAUAAUGAGUAUAUUUUCAACAAUAUUUUAUCAAUCAAUAUCGAAAAUUCUUGUUCAUCGUCUUGGAAUUCCACCAUUCACAUUUAGUUUUCAAGUUUCAAGUUGGAUAUGGCUUCUUGGAGCGCUUAAAUACCGAUAUUAUUUUAUUAAUGGAAAUAUUUUAAGUCCAACAUUAUUAACAACAGUUGUUAAUAAACCACAAUUACUCAAUGUAUCUUUUCCUGGUUAUUCAGUUGAAGAUAAUUUUGUUGGUUUUUUUGCAAGUAUUGCACAAGUUUUUUUCAUUGAAUAUCCUUAUACAGGUGGUAUUAUUCUUGUUGGUGUUGGACUUUGUUCUAGAAUUCUUGCAUUUUUUGCUUUAUUCGGAGCAGUUACAGGUCAAUUAACUGCAGCUUAUCUAUUAGGAUUACCUAGAAAUGCAAUUUAUAAUGGAUUAUGGGGUUAUAAUACAGUAUUAACAUGUCAAGCAUUAGGUGGAAUGUUUUUAGUUCUUUAUGGAUAUCAAAUAUGGUUAUUUACAUUAUAUGGAUCAAUAUUAACAAUAUUUGUUCAAGGAGCAGUAUCAUCAUUUUUGUCAUCAUGUGGUAUGCCAACUUUUACAUUUCCAUUUACUUUUAUCUGUUGGAUAUUUUGUUUAAUGAUUCCUACAAAAAAUUUAGUUCCAGUUAAAUUAACAGAUUGUAAUAUACCUGAAGAUCAUUUGUAUAGAUAUCGUCUUUCAAAAUUUGUUAAAACUGAAUUUAAAUAUAUGAAUAAAUUAAGUUCAAUCAUAUCAUCUUUAAAUGAAGAUAUAACAAAUAUUGAAUUAAUAAAAAUAGAAAAAGAAUUCAUUCCAAUAUUAAUGUCUACAUAUACAUUUAGAAAUGAUUUGAAAAAAAUGAAAAUUUUAUUUAAUAAAAUAAAUAAUAUUCAUUGUAUUGAUUUUACUAAUCGAACUCCACUUCAUAUAAGUGCAUGUCAAGGUUAUUUAAGAAUAUCAAAAUGGCUUAUUAAAAAAGUUAAAAUAAAUAUUAAUUCAAUGGAUAAUUUUGGUUCAACACCAUUAUUUGAUGGAUUCAUAAAUGGAAAUUUAAAUGUAACUAAUUAUAUUUAUUUAAAUGGAGGAAAAUUUCCAUCAACAAAAUAUAAAGAAUUAUCUUUCUAUUUAAAUGCUUUUAUUUAUGAAAAUUAUAUUGAUGGAAUUAAAUAUUUAAUUCAAUUAGGUUUUAAUCCAAAUGAAACUGAUUAUGAUGGAAGAUAUUCUUUACAUUUAGCUGUUAAUACAAAUAAUCUCAAUAUUAUUCGUUAUUUAGUUGAACAAACAUCGAUUUCUUUGGAUAUAAAAGAUCAUUUUAAUAAAACACCAUAUCAAUAUGCAUUAGAAUUAUCACAAUCUGAUAUUGCUAAUUAUUUAUUAGAGAAAAAAAAUCAGAUUAUUAUCAAUAAAAAUAUUCAAAUUAUUACAAAAGUCGAUUCAACUGAACAAAUUAAUAAUAAAAAUAAUAUUUCUUCCAUAAGUUUAGAACAAAAUCUUUUACCUUAUCUACUUUCGAUUAGUGCUAAUGAUAAUAAUAUUGAUAAAUUAGCAAAUUUUAUUAAUGAAUAUCCAAAUAUAAAAGUAUUUGAUUGUUUUGAUUAUGAUAAUCGUUAUUUAUCACAUAUAGCUGCUAUUAAAGGUCAAUUUGAAAUAAUUAAAUAUUUAUCUGAAUAUUGUUCAAAAUCUCAUUUUCAACAAAUUAUUAAUCGAGAAGAUCGAUGGAAUUUAUCAACAUUAGAUUAUGCAUUUAUUUAUAAACAUAAUCAUAUUAUUAAUUUUAUUAAAGAACAUUUAUUAUCUAUGGAAAAUAAUUCUAUUGAAUAUGAAAUAAAUUCACAAAAUAAAACAAUGAUUUCUAUUUUAAAUAAAUGGAAAAAAAUUUAUCUUUUUUUAACAUUGUCUGCAUCAGGUAAUACACAACGAAUUGAAUCACUUUUUAAUCGAGGAUAUUUUGUUAAACAAGAAUUAUAUGCAGACUAUGAUGGAAGAACACCAAUGCAUUUAGCUACAACUUAUGGACAUAUUGAUGUUAUUCAACUUCUUAUUCAUUUAGGUUAUCAUGGAAUUAAUCAUAAAGAUCGUUGGGGAUAUUCUCCUUUAGAUAUUGCAUUACAAAUGAAAUUUAAUAAUAUUAUUUAUAUACUUCAGCAACAAACACAUUAA